AUGUACAUAAAAAAUUUUAAACUAUUUUUUCUUUCUUUUUUUUUAAUUGGUAAUAUUUUUGUAUGGAAAAAUAUAGAAAACAAAAAAAUAAGUUUUUUUACAAGUAGGCAAAUUAUAUCUUCUUCAAAAGGUAUUACACAUAAUUCUUUUGAUAAGAAAAAUGCAUUUAUUGGUCAUCAUUUAAAAAAUGAUGAAAAUUUUUUAGCAGAAAAAAAAAAAAAUUACAAAUCAAAAAUAAAGGAAGAUAAAAAUGUAGCAAAUAAAAUAUACACUUCUAAGGGGCGAUUGAAUUAUUCUUUUAAUAAAGAUUUUAACUAUUAUACAAAAAAUAUUAAUAAUAAUGAUAACAGUAUAAAAAAAAAAAAUAAUUUUAUUCUUUACAUGAGUGAUGAAGAAUAUACGAUAAAUUCUGAUGAUUAUACUGAAAAGGCAUGGGAAGCCAUUAGUUCAUUAAAUAAAAUUGGAGAAAAAUAUGAUUCAGCAUAUGUAGAAGCAGAAAUGCUAUUAUUAGCUCUUUUAAAUGAUGGACCAGAAGGGUUAGCACAAAGAAUAUUAAAAGAAAGCGGGAUAGAUACUGAUUUAUUAAUUCAAGAAAUUGAUGACUAUUUAAAAAAACAACCAAAAAUGCCAAGUGGAUUUGGAGAACAGAAGAUAUUGGGAAGAACUUUACAAACUGUUUUAAGUACAAGUAAAAGAUUAAAAAAAGAAUUUAAUGACGAAUAUAUUUCAAUUGAACAUUUAUUGUUAAGUAUCAUAUCAGAAGAUUCUAAAUUUACUAGACCAUGGUUAUUAAAAUAUAAUGUAAAUUAUGAAAAAGUAAAAAAGGCUGUAGAAAAAAUUAGAGGAAAAAAAAAAGUUACCUCAAAAACACCAGAAAUGACCUAUCAAGCUUUAGAAAAAUAUAGCAGAGAUUUAACUGCAUUAGCUAGAGCAGGAAAAUUAGACCCUGUUAUAGGAAGAGAUAAUGAGAUAAGGAGAGCUAUACAAAUAUUAUCAAGAAGGACAAAAAAUAACCCUAUUUUAUUAGGGGAUCCAGGUGUAGGAAAAACAGCUAUUGUAGAAGGACUGGCUAUAAAAAUUGUACAAGGGGAUGUACCCGAUUCUUUAAAAGGAAGAAAAUUAGUUUCAUUAGAUUUAUCCUCUUUAAUUGCAGGUGCAAAGUAUAGAGGAGAUUUUGAAGAACGAUUAAAAUCUAUACUAAAAGAAGUCCAAGAUGCUGAAGGACAAGUUGUUAUGUUUAUUGAUGAGAUUCAUACCGUAGUUGGAGCUGGAGCCGUUGCAGAAGGUGCCUUAGAUGCAGGUAAUAUUUUAAAACCUAUGUUAGCCAGAGGGGAACUAAGAUGUAUUGGUGCUACAACUGUUAGUGAAUAUAGACAAUUUAUCGAAAAAGAUAAAGCCUUAGAGAGAAGAUUUCAACAAAUUCUUGUAGAACAACCAAGUGUAGACGAAACUAUUAGUAUCUUAAGAGGAUUAAAGGAAAGAUAUGAAGUACAUCAUGGAGUUCGAAUUUUAGAUUCUGCUCUUAUACAAGCUGCUGUAUUAUCAGACCGUUACAUUAGUUACAGAUUUUUACCUGAUAAAGCUAUUGAUCUUAUAGAUGAAGCUGCCUCAAACCUAAAAAUUCAAUUAUCUAGUAAACCUAUACAAUUAGAUAAUAUUGAAAAGCAACUCAUACAAUUAGAAAUGGAAAAAAUUUCCAUUUUAGGAGAUAAACAAAAAAAUUUUUUGAACUAUUCCAAUAGUAAUAGUGAUGAUAAAACUGUAGAUUACACGAAAAGUCCAAAUUUUUUAAAAAAAAGAAUAAAUGAAAAAGAAAUUAACAGAUUAAAAAUGAUAGACAGAAUUAUGAAUGAAUUAAGGAAGGAACAAAAACAAAUACUAGACUCAUGGUCUUCUGAAAAAAGUUAUGUUGAUAACAUCAGAGCUAUUAAAGAAAGAAUUGAUGUAGUUAAAAUAGAAAUUGAAAAAGCAGAAAGAUAUUUUGAUUUAAAUAGAGCAGCAGAAUUGAGAUUUGAAACUUUACCAGACUUGGAAAAACAAUUAAAAAAAGCAGAAGAAGAUUAUCAAAAUGACAUACCCGAAAAAAAUAGGUUAUUAAAAGAUGAAGUUACAAGUGAAGAUAUAGUAAAUAUUGUAAGUAUGUCUACAGGAAUAAGGCUAAAUAAAUUAUUAAAAUCAGAAAAAGAAAAAAUUCUAAACUUAGAAAGCGAAUUGCAUAAACAAAUAAUUGGUCAAGAUGACGCUGUAAGGAUUGUAGCAAAAGCUGUUCAAAGAUCUAGGGUUGGUAUGAAUAACCCCAAAAGACCAAUAGCAUCUUUAAUGUUUCUAGGACCAACAGGAGUAGGAAAAACAGAACUAUCUAAAGUAUUAGCUGAUGUUCUAUUUGAUACACCUGAAGCAGUUAUUCAUUUUGAUAUGUCUGAAUAUAUGGAAAAGCAUUCUAUAAGUAAAUUAAUAGGAGCAGCUCCUGGAUAUGUAGGAUAUGAACAAGGUGGAUUAUUAACUGAUGCUGUUAGAAAAAAACCUUAUUCCAUCAUUUUGUUUGAUGAAAUUGAAAAAGCACAUCCUGAUGUAUACAAUUUAUUAUUAAGAGUUAUAGAUGAAGGUAAAUUAUCUGAUACAAAAGGAAAUGUUGCUAAUUUUAGAAAUACUAUUAUUAUUUUUACAUCUAAUUUGGGAAGUCAGAGUAUUUUAGAAUUAGCUAAUGAUCCAAAUAAAAAGCAAAAAAUAAAAGACCAAGUUAUGAAAUCUGUUAGAGAAACAUUCAGACCGGAAUUUUAUAAUAGAAUUGAUGAUCAUGUUAUUUUUGAUAGCUUAUCUAAAAAAGAAUUAAAAGAAAUUGCAAAUAUAGAAAUUAAAAAGGUAGCUAAUAGACUGUUUGAUAAAAAUUUUAAAAUUACCAUUGAUGAUGCUGUUUUCUCUUAUAUUGUAGAUAAAGCUUAUGAUCCAUCAUUUGGAGCUAGGCCAUUAAAAAGAGUUAUACAAUCAGAAAUAGAAACUGAAAUUGCAGUUCGUAUUUUAAAUGAAACCUUUGUAGAAAAUGAUACAAUUCAUGUAUCUUUAAAAGACCAAAAACUGCAUUUUUCAAAAACUUAA